AUGAAUAUGUUGAGCCGUUGUUCUCUUCUCAUUGCGUUCCUUUUCUGCAUCGACCACGUUGCAUGUUUGGAAGCCAUCGGUGUCCACAAGUGGUCGUCCAUAUUUAACAAUAAUCCGUCGAAGAACUGGGUUGUCCUUGUCGCCGGUUCCAACACCUGGGAAAAUUAUCGACAUCAAGCGGACGUUUACCACGCGUAUCGCGUCGUGCGUGCAAACAAAGUUCCCGCGGAGAAUGUAAUUACCUUCGCCUACGACGACAUUGCAAACAAUCCCAAAAAUCCGUUUAAAGGCAAAGUGUUCCACGAAUACGAGCACGAAGAUGUGUACAAUGGUGUAGUGAUUGACUACCGUGGAAAAGAUGUCACACGGGAUAACUUCGUGAAAGUAUUAAAAGCCGAUAAGCAACUUGAAGCCAACAAUAAGAAGGUGCUAAAAAGUCCUUACAAUAGCUUCACGGAUUCACGGAUUGAUACACAGGAUCGAGGCUAUUGCCCAAGUCUCCCGGGUCGGUUUUGUUCUUUUCGCGGUCCUAAUGACAACGUGUUCAUCUUCUUCUCUGGCCAUGGUGCCACUUCCGUGAUUGCCUUCCAAGAGGAAUAUAUGUAUGCCAUGGAGUUGAACGAUACCCUCGCCUACAUGUAUUCAAAAAAUGUUCAACAAUUUGGUGCUGUAUGUGGAGGCUUGCUACUCUGGCUCUAUGUUUAA